AUGGUUGAGGCCAUUGGAGCCUUUGGUAGAGGUUUGAGAGGGCCUAGUCCCUAUGAGAUGAGUGGACCAUUUUUGCAGAAAAGGAAACAGAAGGUGUUGGAUGGAUUCAAGAGCCAUGAGGAAUCAUGGAAAACCUCAGGUUGUACACUUAUGACAGAUGCAUGGACAGAUAAGAAGGGUAGGGGAGUAACGAAUUUAGUCGUGCAUAGUGCUCAUGGGGUCCUUUUUUUGGAUUCUGUGGACUGCUCUGCUGUCAAGAAAAAUGGUAAAUACAUCUUUGACCUUGUGGAUAGAUGCAUUGAAGACAUAGGAGAGGAAAAUGUUGUCCAAGUGGUCACUGACAAUGCUAGUGUUAAUGUAGCAGCAGCAAGUCUUCUAGCAGCAAAGAGACCCAAAAUAUUUUGGAAUGGAUGUGCAGCUCACUGCCUAGAUCUCAUGUUGGAGGACAUUGGGAGGCUUGAACCAGUUCAGGAAACAAUUGCAAGUGCAAGACAAGUGACUGCAUUUCUCUAUGCUCAUACAAGGGUGCUUGAUUUGAUGAGAAAAUAUCUUGGUAAGGACUUGGUUCGCUCUGGAGUUACUGGAUUUGCCACUGCUUAUUUGAAUCUAAAGAGUUUGCAAGACAACAAGAAGGAGCUCGAAAGGCUCUUCAGAGAUAAUGAUCUCAAUGAGAUGGGUUACUUGAAGAGUGCCAAGGGGAAGAAGGUGGAAAAAGUGGUGAAAUCUGUUUGGAAAAAUAUUGAUAGUGCUGUUAAUUUUUUUGAGCCAUUGGCUAAUGUGGUGAGAAGAAUGGAUAGUGAUGUGCCUGCAAUGGGAUUUUUGCAUGGAUAUAUGCUUGAGGCAAAGAAAGAAAUUGCUUUGAGGUUUGACAAUGAUAAGACAAGAUACAAACCUGUUUGGGAAAUAAUUGACAAAAGGUGGGACAGCAAGCUGAAGAGUCCACUACACUUGGCUGGGUACUAUUUGAACCCUUAUUAUUACUAUCCAAACAAGGCAGACAUUGAGAAUAAUAGCUCAUUUAGAGCUGCUGUAAUUGAAUGUGUUACGACGCUGAUUGAUGAUGAAGAAAUUCAAGAUAAUAUCAUUGAAGACCUCAGCAAUAUACGGAACAGCAAGGGUCAUUUGGACAUGACAUUGCCACAAGGCGGAGGAGAAAUAAGGACUUUAACCUAG